UCAAAUGGUAGAAUAUCAUGCAUAUGUCGGCUAAACUCGUAAAAUAAUGCAAAAUUCUUGAUUUGCUUUCAGAAACGUAAUACCAAGGGAUCAGAAGAUUUUGCAGUUAAGAAAAUGAAGGAGUUAGGAAAACUAGUUGCACGUUGGGACAAGCUAAAGGGCUGGAGCUCUAUGCUAGAAGAGAUUUCCAACAAACUGAACACGGGCAGUAUGGAAGACGAGAGCAUAACUCUUGAAGUUGGCCCGCAGUUAUUACACACUCUCCGCCAUCCAUGUGCAAUAAGAUGCUCAGAGAUCACAUGCAGUAAACUGUGUCAGGUGUUUACGUGCCACUAUACGAAGGGCGCCACCCAGGGGGUGAAAGUUUGGCUGCUGGAAUCCAAGGAGAAGUCCGAGAUCUGCACAGCCUCUAAUUUUGAGACAAAUCACGUUCUCACCGCCAUGACAUACGUGUCAAAGCAUCGCGUGUACUUGACGUACAGCGCCGAUCUGGUCCUUAGAUUGUUCACGGACUUUAACGGAGGCUUUAAGGAGUUAGAGAACAUACCAACACUGGCGACGACCCUGUGCCUGGUGUACAACAAAGAGGAAGAUGAAGUCUACGCUGGUGGCAUCGGCUUCGUUGAUGAGUGGAAAGUUCAGGGUGCAGAGCAUGCAGCAUUCAUCGUACCAGGAAGAAAAUUCUAUGCAGAACUGACAAGAAAUGACUGGGUGUGGGACGUACAGAUUGUGCGCCAGAACAAUCAUCUCGUACUUCAACACAGCAACGGCCUUUGUGUUCUAAACCUCAAGACUCGAAGGGUAAUUGAACGGAUUCCAAGCAGCCAUGAUGGUCCUUUAAAGUGCUGUUGUUACUAUCCACCCAAUGAUUUCCUCAUCACUGGGGGUGCUGAUGGAAAGGUCAAGUUGUUCAACGGGUCGGUGUUCAAUCUGAUGAAUUCCUUCAUUGCCCAUCAUGGACCUGUCACAGGUCUUGAGGCCCACAUGAACGAUCCCCUGCUGUUCUCUUCCUCCCAUGAUGGCACUGUGAGAAUCUGGCGGCUUGACACUUUACAGAUUUUCACGAGGCUUGAUGUAGGGGAGAAGAUCUACAAAAUUGGACUGCUGUCUAUUGCAGAGUUCUAUAUCCAAACCAAGAAGGAUAUACUGGUCUACAGUCUUAAUCAGUUCUACCAAUUCUUCUCACCUGUUGAGUCUGAGACCAAACGGCUGAUGAACUGCCGAGCCAAAGGUCGUCAAAACAGAAUUCUAGGAUCCACUGAGGACGGCAGUGUCCGAUUGUUUUCACCAGUGACCGGCCUCACGCUGACCAUCAUAUACCCCAUGGCUUCAUUCCAGGUGUUGACUUCCUUCUCAUAUGACAUUCAUCAAGGCAGACUUCUAACAGUGCUUACCGAUGGAUCAGUGAUUGUGUUUAACACGACCACCAAUCCGUGCAAGGCUAAGGAGCUCUGGAGCCCCAGCAGAGAGGAUGAGCAAGUCAACAUUCUGCUGCAGGUCCCUGUGGAAUUCACCACAGAUGAGGGUCCAAGUUUCGAUAAUCUGGUGCUAGCUGGUCUAAGAAACGGGCAGAUCACACUCUGCGAGGCCGCAGUUUGCUCCCUUCAUGAGCCAAUUCAAGCGCACGAGGGUGCGGUAAUGUGUCUCGAAAGCUGCCUCAAUGUAAGCGGCAGUGGCAAGCUUCUGCGUGAUACGGUGGACCGGAUAGUGUCUGGCGGCACCGACCAAUACGUGAAGGUUUGGUCCGUGGUCGUUCAGUUGGAACGGAAGAAGCUGUUUGUGAAUGUUACCCUUGUGAUAAAGAUCCUAUUGUCAAGUGUUCCUCUACUGCUGUGCAUGUAUAGCGAUAUUGUGUGUGUGGCACUUUCUGAGAACAAAGAAUUCAGACGGAGGUGGCCUCUGGUGAUGUACAAGCUGGUCCCCAUGAAUAGAACAGGAAGGAGCAGCCCCGGGUACGUGAUGCCCCUGCAGAUGUCACAUCCUGUAGACGAGGAUCAUACACACGAGCUGACUGCCUUGGACAAGUGCCCCAUGAUCAACCUGGUCGUGACGUCGGGAAAGGAUGGUUUUCUAAAGGUUUGGUCCAGAAACAAUGAGUUGCUCAGGGAGAUGAACUUUGCCACGCCCAUCUACGCUGUGUGCUUUGCGAACGACAGAGGCGACAUUCUUGUUGGAUAUGGAACAAACGUGUGCUCAGUGUCAGUGGUCAAUUAUCUCCCUUUACGAUUGUUAAAAGACCUUCUAGAUCUUGGCAGGUACACUUACAAGAAGGACAUCCGUGAACUCCCAGUGACCUUUGAGAACAGGCGUGAAACCUGGCUUGACAUAACCAAACUGAAGUCAUACUCGCUGGAUAUUUACAAUCGCCGUCGGCAACGUCUAGAGGAGGACGUAAUCCAGCGUCUGAAACACGCCACUGAGAAAACCACAACCCACAGAAAAUUUGUGAUCUACAUCGACGGGGGUACAACGAAGUUGAUCAGGAAGGACUUGGCCGAUAGACUUCUUAGUUGGGCUAGGGGCGUGAAUAAAUCCAAGAGGUCAAAGAAGAGGCCAUACGAUUUGGUCAAGAUCGCAGGUGAGUCAGUGAAUACUUCACCAACUUCCAAUCAAUCACCUGAGUCCACUGAAAACUCACAAAAGCUCGUGUUCUUUGACUCGGAAAACCUCCUGCAGGUGUACCCGUCUGAAGUAGGGGUCGCAAUAAGGUCCCUGGAGUCGCACCUGCCCAAGGGACCGAUAGAGAUGAGGCUGCUACAGGAAAGGGAUCUCCUGAAGAAGGAGCCAAUCAUAGCACCCGAUGGUUACAUUCCAAACUCUGUAAUCCGGAAGAAGUUCAAACUAGAGAAAGCAACUCCAAGAUGGACGGAGAAGGAGAAGCCAUUCGAGCUAAAACCGGUGCCCAAGGUGAACCCCUCCCACAUGCCUUCCUGGUGGGGAUAUGAUGAUGGGAAAGAAACAACCAAGGACACAAUCACGCCAGUGUCUGCGUGGGAGGACAGCACAGUGUCCGACCAACAUGAAGUGGAGGCAACAGGCGGGUGGUCAGUGCCACCGUCGGCAGUCAGCCAGACCCGGUCGGCAAGGAACCUGUCGGCGGACUCGCAGAGUCACAUGAAGGGGCAGCAGAAACUUGCUACGACCACUCCAACAUCGUACAAAUUGAAGAGCAGGCGCAUUGAGCUGAAUCGGGUUGACCUUGAAAUUCGAACGCCGGAGGUCAAGCAAAAACAUCGAAAGUCUGGGAAAAAAAGCAUAGAAAAGAAAUCUCAGGAAACACCAAGUCUUCCAGCUGAGGAGAACAGUAACGUCCAAGAAAAGCAGUCACCUGCGGAGUUUGUGAAAACAGACCUUAUCAAACAGCUGCUACAGGAAUCCUGGAUGCCGAAGAUGAACGCGGACAGCGAGUUUGACGACAUCAUGUGUCAGUUCGUGGCCCUCCUUGAUGACAGCAGCAACCCAGUCGUGUUUGCAAGAAUGUGCGAGUACCUGAUGAAGAUAUGCACGGAGCUCGGUGUCCCACAAACCAUCAUGAAUAUGAUUGUCGGCAAGAUUGGGUCCAAUCUGGACAGCGAGAAUGGGGCGGUGAAGAAGAACACAAUCAAAACUCUGCAGUUCAUAGGUCAAGGUCGUCCAGACGUGAUGCUACUACUACUGCCACAACUAAUCAGUGGCGAGGAGCACAUCAGAAGGGCCGCAGCAGAUGCCAUAGCGACCCUUACUGGGGCCAGGGACAAGGAGCAGUUGCUGAUUAUGCUGGAGUCAAUGGGGAUCAUACAUGGGGCCUACAGCAGCAAGGCUGAUGAGGAAUACGCCAUGUCGAUCCUUGCUGAGCGGUUUGCUCACACCCCUGAGGACCCCCAGCGUCGCAUCAGGAUAUCUGAAUGGGUACAGGACACCACCCCGGGGGUCUUCGACGAAGAGUUGGACGUAGAUGAGGUCAUGGGCAGGUCAAGGUCACAGAAAUCCUCAAACCAGGGAAGGGAACCAUCAUUCAUGUCAGAGGGGAGGGAACUCUCAUUCAAAUCAGAGGGGAAGUCAGGCAAAAAGGAGUGGGCUUCAAGAAGCAAGCGCAAUGAAACAGGGGCCAGUUUUCGCAGGAAGAAGUUCCAGGACAUCGAUGGAUUCUCCACCAUUUCUGACCGCAGCUCUUCCAGCAGAAAAAGUCGAAGAAGUGGCAGGUUUACCCCUAAAGACCCGAAGUUGUAUCAUUAUUAUGACAAUCAAACUGCGAACAAAGAGGGACAACCCAAGAAUAAACUCCAAGUGGAGGAGGACGAGGACAUCACACAGAAGGAUUCUGCCUUCCAUACUCUCUCUAACAUCACUAGCAGUCAGGUGACAGAUAGACUGAGCAGUUACGACUCUGGGAUCACAAAGGACAUAUCGGACAUGAGCUAUCAACGUGGUGGUCAUCAAGGUUUUGGUGCUAUGCUGUCACCUGUCAAGUCUGAGUCUGCCAGCCCGAGACCACGCUCUCAUACCAGUCCACAAUCCUCGAAAGAUUGGCGUAAGUUCUUUGACAUGGUGCCAAACGCUGCAGAGCGCAGGCAGAUGGAGCAGAUCCGGCGGGAAAUGGAGGCGGGAAAACUGAAGCCCACGACACUCCCGCCGAUCUCAUAUUUCGCAGAGGACCUUCCCAUGUUGCCUGGCGAGGCAGGAACCAGGCUCCUGCAGACAGUCAGAGUCGGGGAAAAGGUCCCUCAUCCAGGUGAUGGCAGACACAGAAUCGAGUCCGUACCCGGGAAGCUGGCAGUCCACACUCAAAAUGAGCAUGCGGGUCUCAGCAACUAUGGUAUCCUACAAAUGCAGUGGACUACAGAGGUGCCCUGGGUGCGUGACUGUUUUCAACCGCCAAGGAAGAUUCCCCAGCAUCGCCCCCAGGGGAUGAUGCCUGACGACAAUUCGUCCGACGUGGUACAGAUGCCUAAUAGUAACAGACUUCGAGAGUUCUCAGACGAGGACCUGCGUCUGCCGCACCUGGAAGCCGCCACCCCCCAGAUGACCAAUCAGCUGUCAGCGAACCAUUAUGAGUGGGCGCUCCCUCUACCGCCUCCGCCUGCAAAGGAAUCCCGCACGAACGUGGCCGCCAUCAAGAAAGACCAUGACGCGUACUGCAAGUACUAUCAGCUUGUGAAGAAGAAACUACAUCUGUAUACAUCGAAACUUGGCUUUAUUCGUGCUUUUAUUGAGGCUGAAAAAGCACGACCACAACAUAAGCAACAAAGGGAAAGAACACAACAUCUUCCUGAAGUGUUUGUGAAACAGCUGAAAGAAGGUCAGCCGAAAUUGAGCUCAAAGCGUCCACAACGGUCUCGAACUCUCACCAAGUCUGACCUCAGUCCUUCACAUUUUCCUCCAAUCAAAAUUGGCCAGCUCAUUCGAAUUUAGUGGACAUAAAUGUUGUUGUCUAUAUUUUCUUUUUGGUGUUGACUUUGGUAUAAGUUUCAUAUACCAAAAUAACUUUUUUCUGAGCCUUGCAUUACUAUUUGUUAAUUUUUAUUAAAUAAUGAAAAAUGU